UAUGAAAACAAUUUUUUUUGGGAGUGGUUUAUUUCCAUUACCUAUAUUUUAAAGGCUUCAUAAAUUAAUAGCAAUAGAUCCAAAAGUGAGUUUGAUAACAGUGCCAAAUCAUUCACAUAAAGAGAAAAACUAAAUUAAAGACUAUGCUACCUAAUAACAAUUUAGUAAAUGUUUUGAAAAUAAAAAGAAAUUUAUUAACCAAAUUUGUCAGAUAAGAGUAAUAACUUUGUUUAGGAAAUAUAAGAUAAACCUGAUCUUGGAAUAGUUUGUAAUUAUGGAUACAUGAUACCAAAUCAUAUUAUCGAUAUUUUUAAUAAGGGAGUUUAUGUGAUUCAUCCUUCUUUAUUGCCAAAGUAUAGAGGAGCUGCUCCAAUAUAAAGGGCUAUUAUGAAUGAUGAAUAGAAAACUGGUGUGUCAUUUAUUGAGAUUUCAAAAAAUAAGUAGAUAUUAAUCAAUAUUUAGAGAUUUGAUGCAGGUGCAAUUCUGUUAAGAAAAGAAAUUGAUAUACUUGCAGUUGAUAGAUAUAAAGAAUUAUCAUAGAAAUUAUCAUAAUUGACAGCUGAUUCAAUAGAGGAAUUUAUUAAUAAUAUUGAUAAAUAUGAGAGAUUGAGUCAGAAUGCCAGUGAGACAACUAAAGCACCUAAGAUUACUCAUGAUGAUUUAAAGGUGGAUUUUAGUAAUACAGCGAAUAAGAUUUAUAAUUAAUAUAGAGGGAUUUAUGGAACAAAUUUCCAUAGUUUAAAAUUGAAAUAUUAGGAAAGAGAAUUCUAUUUAGAGAAUAUUACUUUGGUUAAUGACUUAGAAAUAGAACAUUUAAAAUAGUUUAAUACAGCUGAGAAUGGCACAUUAUGGUUAAUAAAGAACAAACAAUUCAAAAACUAUUUCUAUAUAAAAUGUAAUGAGAAUAGUUGGAUACGAGUCUAAGAAUAUAGAUUUACAGAUAGAGGUAGUAGUUAAGCAGCUUAUACAUUUAAAAAUCAAUUCAUGAUGGAUUUCAAAUUCGAUAGUUUGGAUAACCAUUACAAGUUAAGUUAUUGA